AUGGCCAACAAGAUAAGUAGCAGACUACCCAAGGAUUUCUUGUGGGGCUUUGCAACAGCCAGCUUCCAGAUUGAAGGAUCGACACAAGUAGAUGGACGCGGAAAGUCUAUAUGGGAUGACUUCUCCAAGAAACCUGGCAAAACGCUGGAUGGUCGAGAUGGCGAUGUCGCUACAGACUCGUACCGGCUCUGGAAAGACGACCUUGACCUGCUGGUAUCCUACGGAGUAAAGUCUUACCGCUUUUCUAUUGCCUGGUCUCGGAUCAUACCUCUCGGAGGAAGGAAUGACCCAGUGAAUGAGGCGGGCAUCCGCUUCUAUUCUAAUCUCAUUGACAACUUGCUUGCAAGGGGCAUUAUCCCUUUCGUGACGCUUUACCACUGGGACCUACCGCAAGGCCUUGAGGACCGCUACGGUGGUUGGUUGAACAAAGAAGAGAUUGUCAAGGACUACGUGAACUAUGCCAAGAUCUGUUUUGAACGGUUCGGAAAUCGUGUCAAGAAUUGGCUAACGUUCAACGAGCCCUGGUGCAUCUCCGUCCAUGGGUAUGGCCAUGGCGUGUUCGCACCUGGCCGCUCGAGCGACCGCACGCGGUGUCCUGAGGGCGACACCUCCACAGAACCAUGGCUCGUCGGCCACAAUGUGAUCCUCGCGCAUGCAUACGCUUCGAAGCUCUACCGUGAGGAAUUCAAGCAAGCGCAGGGUGGCCAGAUUGGCAUUACGCUCAACGGAGAUUGGGCUCUGCCGUAUGACGAUAGUCCAGAGAGUGCGUCUCGCGGAUCCGAUGCUGACCUCCUGACUUUUGCUGACCCGAUCUAUCUCGGCCACUACCCGGAAUAUCUAAAGGAGAUGCUCGGCAGUCGACUGCCAACCUUCACUGCUGAGGAGUUGCAUGUGGUGAAGGGUUCCUCCGAGUUCUAUGGCAUGAAUACAUACACCACUAAUCUGUGCAUGGCUGGCGGGGACAAUGAGUUCCAGGGCAAGGUGAAAUACACGUUCACGAGGCCUGAUGGGACGCAGCUGGGAACACAAGCACACUGUGCAUGGUUGCAGGACUAUGCACCAGGGUUCCGGCAACUCCUGAACUACUUGUACAAGCGUUAUCGCAAGCCUAUAUACGUAACAGAGAACGGCUUCGCUGUCAAGGAUGAAAACAACAAGCCGGUCGAAGAAGCGCUCUCGGACUACGAUCGCGUGCACUACUUCCAGGGCACAACUUCUUCGCUACUAUCUGCAGUCGUCGAGGACGGCGUCGACAUCCGUGGCUAUUUCGCGUGGAGUCUCAUGGACAACUUUGAGUGGGCGGACGGGUACGUGACGCGCUUCGGGGUGACAUACGUCGACUACGAGACGCAGAAGCGCUACCCCAAGGACUCGGCGCGGUUUGUCUGCCAGUGGUUCAAGGAGAAUAUCGAGAAGGACGAGUCCUCGGAAUCGGCUGCUGGGCCGUCGGCUCCCGUGAGCAAACUGGCAGAUGACGCGCACCUCAUAGAUGCUGUUAGAGCAUGA